UCCUUAGGGCCUAUAUCUGCCCAGCUUCUCCUGCUUUGGUCCAGCAGAGUCUGUGCUCCACCUUUGCCACCUGCCUGGUCCCCCUCCAACACAGCUUCUUCCUCCCUGCAGAGGGUCUGCUUGAUCACCUCAUACCUGCUUCCCUUUUGCACUGAACCUGGGACCUGUGGCCAGAGCCAGCCUUGCUCUUUCCCUGCAUCUCCCCUGCCUGAACCUGCCUGUGUGUGCCCUCCACGGCCAGGCCCUGGCACUCACCCAGAUCAGACACUGGAGUCACCUAGGCCCCAGAGAUUGGGCUCAAUUUCUCCCCAAUCCUGUGGCUUUCCCCUGGUCACCCUGAGGCCAAUGCAAGGCCUUCCAACGCGGACCAGCUGUGAAUGGGCCCUGAGGCCCACCGGGGGAACGGCCGUGACGCUAAGAUUGGAAGGGCCUAGGAAGGCCCCCAUCUACUCAGAAUUUACGUGGACCGCAGACACACCCUUGCCUGCCUGAGAGGAGGCCUCCAUCCCUUCUGGACAGAUGAAGGCAGAAUGCUAAGGAGAGCCAGGGCCUGGAACAACAGCGGGAGGUUGGUGUGGCUGGAGGAAGGAUUUUUGUCAACCGCAGCCUGGCACUGGGGAAGAUUCGCUGCUUCGGCUUCGACAUGGACUACACUCUGGCAGCCUACAAGUCCCCCGCCUAUGAGGCACUGGCCUUCGGGCUGCUGCUGGAGCGCCUGGUGUGCAUCGGGUACCCACGUGAGAUCCUGCGCUACACCUAUGAUCCCACCUUCCCCACCAGGGGGCUGGUGUUUGAUGCACUCUAUGGGAACCUGCUGAAGGUGGACGUCCACGGGAACGUGCUGCUGGCUGCCCAUGGCUUCACCUUCCUCUCGGAGGUGGAAAUCUGGAGCUUCUAUCCCAGCAAGUUCAUCCAGAGGGAUGACCUGCAGCGGUUCCACAUCCUCAACACGCUCUUCAACCUGCCAGAAACCUACCUCUACGCCUGCCUAGUGGACUUCUUCUCCGGCUGCUCCCGCUAUGCCAACUGUGACACUGGCUACCAGCAUGGGGACCUCUUCAUGUCCUUCCGAAGCCUUUCUCAGGACGUGGCUGAUGCCAUGGAUGACAUCCACCAGUCGGGCUGCCUCAAGGAGAAGACCCUGCAGGACUUGGAGAAGUAUUUGGAGAAGGAUGCACGGAUCCCCGUUCUUCUGGGCAGGAUGAAGGAGGCUGGCAAAGUGUUCCUAGCCACCAAUAGCAGCUACAACUACACCCAUGCCAUCAUGACCUACCUGUUUGGCAUUGGUGAGGCCAGGCCCUGGAAGUCCUACUUUGAUCUGAUUGUCGUGGACACGCAGAAGCCCCGCUUCUUUGCCGAGGGAACAGUGCUGAGACAGGUCAACACGGACUCAGGCAACCUCCGCGUGGGCACCUACACAGGAACUCACCAGCACUGUGCUGUCUACUCUGGAGGCUCCUCGGACCUGGUGUGUGAGCUGCUCGGGGUGCGGGGCAAGGAUAUCCUGUACAUUGGGGACCAUAUCUUUGGCGACAUCCUCAAGUCAAAGAAGCAGCAGGGCUGGCGGACCUGCCUGGUGGUUCCUGAGCUGAGCCGGGAGUUGCACAUCUGGGCCCGAGAGAAGGAGCAGAUGGAGGAGCUGAAGAGGCUGGACACACACCUGGCAGACCUGUAUCAGCACAUGGAUGGGAGCAGUUGUGGGCUGAAAGAUAUUGAUUCCACGAAGAGGGAGAUUCAGAGAGUCACCCGGGAGCUGGACCAGUGCUACAGUGCGACAGGCAGCCUGUUCCGGUGCGGAUUCCGCCAGACAUUCUUCUCCAGCCAGCUGAUGCGCUACGCUGACCUCUACACCGCCACCUACCUCAACUUCCUGCACUGCCCGCUCAGCUCGCUGUAUCGCGCGGCCCCAGAGCUGCAUCGUUGGGCAGGAAGCUGGCAGCUGUGGGCAGCCCUGAGGAUUCCCCAAAGGCCUCACCACUCUGUCUCCAUCUGCACCUGUUCCUAUAGAUGCCCCAUGAGUCAGUCGUGGAGCAAGAACUCUCCAGUCUGGGUUUCACCUCCCACCCCCUCUCCUGCAGCGGCACAGCUGAGGGCAAAGAGAGAGAUGAGGACCAGGAGGGCUGCGUGGAGGCUGACUGAAUCCUGGACACGGCCUGGCUUCUAUUGGAGACAUUUUUCCAAGAACAGGAAAAGUAUUGAAGAGAGAAAAAGCGACCCAGUUGAAAUCUCAUAAAUGUAACAGAUUUGGAUCCCAAGAACACUUCUAGGGAGGAGGAAGGGGUAUGGCUGUUGUCCUAGAAGGCCUCCCCCAAAAUAAGCAGAGUGAUUUUACUCACUUCCUCCAGCUGCAUCACGUUUCACAUCUAAUUUUAUUUCUACACCUUUUUUUUGCAUGUGAUGACCUUAACCAUUUUUUAAAUUAAGGAGUGAUUGAUAU